UUAGCAUAUAUUUCAAUUUGAUGGAGAAAACAAAAAUAUUUUUGCUCCAAAAAAAUAUAUAUUAUGCCUAUGGAAGAGAAUAGGAUCGUGAAUGAAUACACACAAGAUGGAACUGUGGAUCUUAAAGGAAAACCUGUUCUCAAAUCCAAAACAGGUGGUUGGAAAGCUUGCUCCUUCAUAGUUGUGUAUGGAAUACUUGAAAGAAUGGCUUUCUAUGGGAUAUCAUCAAAUUUGUUUGUAUAUUUGACAAAGAAGCUUCACCAAGGCACUGUCACCUCUUCCAACAAUGUCAACAAUUGGAUUGGAAUUGUUUUUAUGACUCCCAUAUUAGGAGCUUAUGUUGCUGAUGCUCACCUUGGCCGUUAUUGGACUUUUGUUAUUUCGUCCCUUAUUUAUUUAUUGGGUAUGUGUUUGCUUACACUAUCAGUCUCCCUUCCAAGCCUAAAGCCACCUGAGUGCCAUGAAAUGGAUGUGACAAAAUGCAAAGAAGCUUCCACAUUCCAAAUAGUUGUGUUCUAUGUUGCACUUUCCAUUUUAGCAGUAGGAACAGGUGGAACCAAACCCAACAUUUCCACCAUUGGUGCUGACCAGUUUGAUGAUUUUGACCCUAAAGAGAAGGCACUUAAGCUCUCAUUCUUCAAUUGGUGGAUGUCAUGCAUUGUCCCUGGUUCACUAUUUGCAUUCACAGUUCUAGUGUAUAUUCAAGAUAAUUUGGGUUGGACUCUUGGUUAUGCUAUUCCAACUAUUGGAUUUGCAAUAUCAAUCAUCACAUUCUUGGCAGGCACACCUUUCUAUAGACACAAAUUACUCUCUGGAAGUCCCAUCAUUAGUAUGGCUAAGGUAAUUGUGGCAGCUAUAAGGAAAUGGAAUGUAGUUGUUCCUGAAGACCCAAAAGAACUAUAUGAGCUUAGUUUGGAAGAGUACAGAGAGAAAGGGAAAUUCAAGAUUGAUCCAACUCCAACAUUUAGGUUCCUUAAUAAGGCUUGUGUUGACACUGGUUCAAGUACUAGUAGUGAGUGGAGAAUAUGUCCAAUAACACAAGUAGAGGAGACCAAACAAAUGCUAAGGAUGACCUCCAUUUUGGUUGCUACAUUUAUUCCUAGUGCAAUGAUUGCUCAGAUAAAUACCCUUUUUGUAAAGCAAGGAACUACUCUUGACAGAGCCAUUGGAAACUUCAAUAUUCCUCCAUCAAGUUUAGCUGCAUUAACAAUUUUGACCAUGAUUAUCACUUACAUACUCUAUGAAAGUUUCUUUGUCAAGAUUCUGCAGAGGUUGACUGAGAACCCCAGAGGGAUUACUAUUCUUCAAAGGAUGGGCAUAGGAUUCAUAAUCCACAUAGUGAUAAUGAUAGUAGCAUAUUUGACUGAAAAACAUAGACUUAGUGUUGCCAAAGAACAUGGUGUAGUUGAAAAUGAAAGACAAGUUCCCUUGAGCAUAUUCAUUUUGGCUCCUCAAUUUGUACUUAUGGGAAUGGCUGAAGCCAUUUUAGAGGCGGCGAAAAUUGAGUUUUUCUAUGACCAAGCACCAGAAAGCAUGAAGAGCCUCGGUACUUCCUAUUCCUUAACUACCACAGGCAUUGGUUGUUUCCUUAGCACUUCUCUUCUCUCAACAGUUUCACACAUCACCAAGAAACAUAGUCACCAAGGAUGGAUUUUGAACAACCUUAAUGAUUCCCAUCUUGAUUACUACUAUGCAUUUUUGGCAGCACUAAAUGUCCUGAACUUUUUCUUCUUCAUAUUUGUCUCAAAAAUCUAUUUAUAUAGAGCUGAAGUUUCUGACUCCCUAAAAGUGCUUGAAACAGAGCUAAAAGAGAGAUCAUCAGUUUUAAGUGACAACUGAUUGAAUCCACAUUAAAAGCUAGUUUAAUUGUCGUUAUACAAAUUGAAAUAGGGCAUAAAAUGCAACAGGUAUAAGAACUAAUUUUGAAAAUGUAAUAUAGCUUAUCCAUUAUAUGUCUUGAGUUUUUUUUUUUACAACUAUUGUGCAAGAGUUUAUUAUCCUUCAUCUGAACUAUGUAUGGAAAAUAAUGAAUGUCAAAUCACUGGUUAUGUAUUUUAGCCUAUUCAUAAAUGAACAGACUUCAUAGAAGCAA